UUGCAGGCUGAUUAUAUUCCCUUUCAACCAUUUUGAAGGGAUUAGAAACCCUCAAGCCUUCAGCUUUAUUGCUCUGCACCUCUGCUGCUACUAGCUUGUUUGCUAUACGCAUAGGAGCUCUAUCUGUAAGCACCGCAUCACUUCAUGAAUUCUGCUGAGGAGGAUGAAUUUUCAAAUUUCAUUGAGGAAAAGUGAACUGUAGUGUGUCAUGGAGAAUUCCUAUGAGACAUCAAACGGCCACACGCAUAUCUCAAAUGGCGGCGCACCUAUCUCAAACGGCUAUGCACCUAUUUCAUAUGGCCAUGGACCUACUUCAAAUGGUCAUGUGCCAACUGGUAAUGGCCACAUGGUUGGGAGACAAUCCACCUACCUAUCCAAGAUGUCACUACCUUGGCUUGAUGUAAGAGUUUUCUAUGUUAGGAUUAGCAAAUGUGAGAUUGAAGAUUCAGCUCCAGAAUUCCUCACGGUAAAUCACAUUCCAUUGGAUGCUGACACCCUUCUUGAAGUCAAUGGUGUCAGAACUAGCAUGUAUUUAGAUGGUGCAACAACUCUUCUUCGAAGGGAUAGGUUAGAUAAGAAGUCAGAGGAAGCCACAUUUGUGAGCACUGAUAGUAUAAGGAUGACUGGCAGUGUGAAGUUUGAGGUUUUCAGCAAGGAUGUUAUCGUUCUGUCUGGGGUUUUAGAAUUGUGUGACAGUAAUGGUUUCACUGCGGAAACAGAUCAUCAUAGUCCGAGAUGGAGCAUGAAUUGUGAAACAAAUAUAAUUGCAAGCACUGGCUUCUUUAAAGCAAAGCAGUUUACAGGUUCUGAGUCUGCAACAUCUUCAAUUGAAGUAUAUAUCGCAGGAUCCUUCUUGGGGACUCCAACUAUCUUAACCAAGAAUUUACUACUACCAUGGAAGAAGCAUAUGAGGAAAGGGUUAUUGGAUUCCAUACCAGAGUAUGAGGCAACUGAAGACCAGAACAAUAAUCCUGAUAGUUUUGCUUUCCAGGAGCCUGAAUACUUGGACCUGAAAUCAGAACAUGGAGAAAACAACUUGUACUACCCUGGGACAUAUUGGGAAGGUGAAGAUGGAGAGCUUUCAUGGUUCAAUGCUGGUGUGAGAGUCGGUGUUGGGAUCAGCUUGGGCAUAUGCGUGGGGGUUGGCAUCGGAGUAGGAUUGCUUGUUCAAACUUACCAAGGCACCAGGCAAAGUUUUAGAAGGCGGCUACUAUAACGCAUAUUUCCACUGAUUGUCAUUUUGUCCCAACUCUGCAGAACUCCCCUCACUGUUGGUAAACAAGGGUGGUUUUUUUUUUUUGACAUGUAAUAUGUAUACCAUUCUAGAUCAAGGCUUAUAUAUAUGCAGUGAAAGCGCAGAAUGUCUAUGGUUUUCUGGUCUUGUAAUAUGUUCCAACGGGUAGGUUCUUAAAAGCUCUAAUUUUUUUAGUCACUUGGAGAUGAAGUCAGAAAUCAUUAGUGGCAA